AUGAACAUGAUACAAGAGUGUUACCUAUUGUUUUGUGAUGCUUGUGACCAUGUCCCAGUGUUUUGUGAUGCUUCUGACCAUGUCCCAGUGUUUUGUGAUGCUUGUGACCAUGUCCCAGUGUUUUGUGAUGCUUGUGACCAUGUCCCAGUGUUUUGUGAUGCUUCUGACCAUGUCCCAGUGUUUUGUGAUGCUUCUGACCAUGUCCCAGUGUUUUGUGAUGCUUCUGACCAUGUCCCAGUGUUUUGUGAUGCUUCUGACCAUGUCCCAGUGUUUUGUGAUGCUUGUGACCAUGUCCCAGUGUUUUGUGAUGCUUGUGACCAUGUCCCAGUGUUUUGUGAUGCUUCUGACCAUGUCCCAGUGUUUUGUGAUGCUUCUGACCAUGUCCCAGUGUUUUGUGAUGCUUGUGACCAUGUCCCAGUGUUUUGUGAUGCUUCUGACCAUGUCCCAGUGUUUUGUGAUGCUUCUGACCAUGUCCCAGUGUUUUGUGAUGCUUGUGACCAUGUCCCAGUGUUUUGUGAUGCUUCUGACCAUGUCCCAGUGUUUUGUGAUGCUUCUGACCAUGUCCCAGUGUUUUGUGAUGCUUCUGACCAUGUCCCAGUGUUUUGUGAUGCUUCUGACCAUGUCCCAGUGUUUUGUGAUGCUUCUGACCAUGUCCCAGUGUUUUGUGAUGCUUCUGACCAUGUCCCAGUGUUUUGUGAUGCUUCUGACCAUGUCCCAGUGUUUUGUGAUGCUUCUGACCAUGUCCCAGUGUUUUGUGAUGCUUCUGACCAUGUCCCAGUGUUUUGUGAUGCUUCUGACCAUGUCCCAGUGUUUUGUGAUGCUUCUGACCAUGUCCCAGUGUUUUGUGAUGCUUCUGACCAUGUCCCAGUGUUUUGUGAUGCUUGUGACCAUGUCCCAGUGUUUUGUGAUGCUUCUGACCAUGUCCCAGUGUUUUGUGAUGCUUCUGACCAUGUCCCAGUGUUUUGUGAUGCUUCUGACCAUGUCCCAGUGUUUUGUGAUGCUUCUGACCAUGUCCCAGUGUUUUGUGAUGCUUCUGACCAUGUCCCAGUGUUUUGUGAUGCUUGUGACCAUGUCCCAGUGUUUUGUGAUGCUUGUGACCAUGUCCCAGUGUUUUGUGAUGCUUGUUUUCCCGACACACAGUCGCAGGGAAUUUAUAUUUUGCUUACUUAA